CGCGCCCCCUACCCGUAGAAGGUGAGCGAAUGUCUGGAGGAGAGGACUCGAGAACGCGACCGCCGGGAUCGAUCGGAUUAAACUCGAUUUGAGGGAAAUUAACACAAAGGAGAGAGGCAGAGUUGGUGAGGAAGGGAUAACGACACGCCGAACAUUUAUAAAAUAACUUGAAUUUAUUUAUAAACGGACCAGAAAGGAAUUUACUGGAGAUAGCUACUACGGGAGUUAAUUUGCGAAACCCUGAACUGACCAAGCUAGUUGGGUCCCAUAACCUGGCUUUGCCUGACACUGCGUUCUCAUUCUCUGAGAGAAUUAGGGAAAUAUGGAGUGACAUGCUGCAGAUUAGUUAGCGGAUUAGCGGCUUUGAGGACAUCCACCUCUGUGUGAGCGCAGAUUCCCUGGAGCUCCCCCCAGCUGCCAGGUCCCCAGCAGCCAUGGCCGACCCAGGGAUGUUGAGCCUGUUCGGGGACGAUGCCAACCUGUUCUCGGACGGGCUGGAGGGCCUGGGGGACUGUGGGUUCCCCCAGGGCCAGCCCAACCCCAUGGGGCAGCAGAUGCCCCACGAGCACCAGGGCUAUGGUUCGCUCUCCUCCAACUCCCUCCACCACCCCUCGCAGGCCGUUCCCGGACAGCCCAAGAUGGGCCACCCAUACGACCCCUUCGCGGGCUACGAGCAGCAGCAGGGCCGGAUGUUGGGCAACGGGCCCGCCGUCAAUGGCAUGGCGUCCCCACAUUCGCGCUACCACAACAAUCCCCAACAACCUGGAGGGGGGCACCACGUCUAUUCCGGGGCGCAGGGUGACGGGCGCGGCCAGCCAUUCCCUGACGGAGGAGCUGUGUGGGGCCCCCAGGCUGGCCCCGGGCAGGGACUGCCUCCAUUCCAGCAGCAACAGGCCGCCACCCAGGCCCCCUCCCACCAACAACACGGCCCCUCAGGGCCCCACGGCCACCAGAUGGGCCCCUACAUGGGCCGAGCCGACUAUGCGACCAUGCAGGGCCACUCUGGUCAGACCCAGACGCCCCCUAGGAUCAACCACUUUCCCCAAGGUAUGGGUCAGGAGCCCAGCCACUACAUGGGCCACGUGGGGCUCCAGCAGAACCCUAGCAUGACAGGUCCCCCCAUGCGCCACCCAGCCCAGCAACAGCAGCCUCCACAGCAGCACCCGCAACCGCCUACCCAGCAGUUCCUCCACCGGCCCAGCCAGGAACCCAUGGCCUCCCACACCCCUCGCUUCCCCCACAGCCCCUCUCGCCAGCAGCAGGUCCUGGCCGGGAGGCCCCACCAGAACAUGGGGUUCAACAUGCACGGCCAGGCAGCCCCCCCUGGUGCUGUAACCAGCUCAGGGCAAUACCCCCCCUACUCCCAGUACGGCAACCUUAAUCAGGGAUUAGCCGGCAGUGCAGGGAUGAGUCCCGUCAUGAGCCUCAGCAGCACCAGCAACAACAGUAACGCCAUGGGGCCAGCCCAGGUCCAGCGCUACCCCAAUGUAGGUGGACCCCCACAGCGCUACACGGGCCCCCAGGUACACCAGCAGCCUGUCCACCCCAACCAAAUCACCGGACAGCCCAUGCACCCUUCCCAGCCCAUGCACCCCUCUCAGGCCCAGGCCACCCCCCAACAGCAGCCCCACCUCCCCACACCGCCUCAGGGAUCCUACGGCUCUCCCCCCUCCAUGUCCCCAAUGAGGGGAAUGGGAACCCCUGGGGGCACACCUCCGCCUCAACAGGGCCGCCCCCCGAGUGCCGGCCUGGCUCCAGAGGUAGGGGGCUACCCAGGAGUCCCACUCCAGCCCCCUAACCCCAUGGCCCCCCUCAGAGAAACCCCACUCCCAUGGGUGCUCAGCAGCCACACCCCCACCUGCAACACCACACUCAGCACCCUUCCCACCCGCAGCAGCACCCCCACAUGCCCCUGGGCCAGCAACUCUACCCCGGCAUGCCCCCUAACCAGCGACUCCCACUCGGCCAGACCUGGGCAGCAGCUGCAGCCUCCUCCCAUGGCCUUCCAACAGCUGCAGCAGGUGCACCCCGCCCAGGCUGCUUUGCCCCCGUCGCAGGCCCAGACGCACCUGGCCGGCCCCCACCACCAGAACUCUCCACCCAACCAGCCACCCUGGGCGCCACCGCCACACCAGUCGCCUCCAACCCCCCAGAAAGUGCCUCACAUUCAGCAUUCCCCUUCAGAUCCAUCAUCCGUGACGACGGCUUCCGACAGGACAUCCGCCUCGGGGGCGAACCUCCAGCCAGCCUACCGUGACCAGCAGCCCACGGACACAGAGCAGAAGCCAAAAAAGAAGAAGAAGAAGAAACCCAACGGGGAGAAGAAGCAGAAGAAGAAGAAGAAGAAGAAGAAAGGCAUUAUGGAGGAAGGUGACGAGGAGAGGAAGCCAGACGUCGGGGACAGCUGCGGGGCUGAGGUUGACCCUCUGACAGGUGCCCUGGAGGAAUCGCCGGCGGCGAAUAAGAAGACCAAGAAGAAACCAAAGGACAAGGAGCCUAAAGAACCCAAACCACCCAAGACACUGAAAAUGCCCAAGACCCCCAAAGAGCCCAAGGAGAAGAAGGCCAGGAGCACCACUCCUAAAGCCAAGAUGCCCAAGAAGCACAGCACUAAGAAGGUGGAGGCAGCAGAGGGCAGUGGCAGCAGUGUGAAGGAGACCAAGAGGAAGAGAGAACCCUCAGUGUCGGUCAACUCAGAUGUGGAGAAGUCACCUCCCUCUGAUGAGGAGGAUGACGACGGUGUCCAGAAGCGGCGCUCCAGUCGUCAGGUGAAGAGAAAGCGCUACACCGAGGAACUGGAAUUCAGGAUCUCGGAUGAGGACCAUGAUGGAGACUCCCCGGCUCCCAAGUCCCCCUCCAACAACUCUGAGCAACAGGAGGUGGUGGAGACAGAGGGGCCUGUGGUGGAGAAGAUCAUGGCCAUGCGCAUGGGGAAGAAAGAGGUGGAAUCAGGAGAGGAAAUGGAAGUGGAAGAAUUCUAUGUGAAGUUCAAGAGUUUCUCCUACCUGCACUGUCGCUGGGCAGAUCUGGAGGAGCUGGAGAAGGACAAAAGGAUCCACCAGAAGGUCAAGCGGUUCAGGGCCAAGCAGGCCCUCGCCACCUUCGUAACAGAGAUGGAUGACGAGCCUUUCAACCCGGACUAUGUUGAGGUGGACCGGGUCCUGGACGAGUCGGAGAGCACAGAUGAGAACGGCGAGCCUGUCAACCUGUACCUGGUGAAGUGGUGCUCCCUGCCCUAUGAGGACAGCACGUGGGAGCUGAAGGCCGACAUCGACCUGGCCAAGAUCGAGGAGUACGAGGCCGUCUCUGCCCGCCAGCCCGAGACAAAGCGCGUGGAGCGACCUCCCACUGACGGCUGGCAGAAAUCCGAGAGUUCCAGGGAUUAUAAAAACGACAACGCACUCAGGGAAUACCAGCUGGAGGGAGUGAACUGGCUGCUCUUCAACUGGUACAAUACACGGAACUGCAUCCUAGCAGAUGAAAUGGGCCUGGGCAAGACCAUCCAGUCAAUCACAUUCCUCUAUGAGAUCUACCUGAAGGGGAUCCACGGGCCCUUCCUGGUCAUCGCCCCCCUCUCCACCAUUCCAAAUUGGGAGAGGGAGUUCCGCACCUGGACCGAACUAAAUGUGAUCGUCUACCAUGGCAGCCAGGCCAGCCGCAAGACCAUCCAGGCCUACGAGAUGAACUACCGUGACGCGCAGGGUCGUGUGAUAAAGGGAGCGUACAAAUUUCAUGCAGUCAUCACCACGUUUGAGAUGAUCCUGACUGACUGCCCGGAGCUGCGCAGCGUCCCGUGGCGCUGUGUGGUCAUCGACGAAGCUCACCGCCUCAAAAACAGGAACUGCAAACUGCUCGAGGGACUAAAGAUGAUGGACAUGGAGCACAAGGUGCUGCUGACCGGAACACCCUUGCAGAACACUGUGGAAGAGCUCUUCAGUCUGCUCAACUUCCUGGAGCCUGAACGCUUCCCCUCAGAGAACACCUUCAUGCAGGAGUUUGGCGACCUCAAGACUGAGGAGCAGGUCCAGAAGCUGCAGGCCAUCCUGAAGCCCAUGAUGCUGCGACGUCUCAAGGAGGAUGUGGAGAAGAACCUGGCCCCCAAGGAGGAGACCAUCAUCGAGGUGGAGCUGACCAACAUCCAGAAGAAGUACUACCGGGCCAUCCUGGAGAAGAACUUCUCCUUUCUGUCUAAAGGAGGACCGGGAGGUGGUGGUGGUGCAUGGGGAGGCGGAGGGGCUCAGGUCCCCAACCUGCUCAACACCAUGAUGGAGCUGAGGAAGUGCUGCAACCACCCCUACCUCAUCAAUGGUGCAGAGGAGAAGAUCCUGGAGGACUUCCGCGAGAACCACCACGCCGAGAUGGCCCAGUUCCACCUGCAGGCCAUGAUCCAGGCGGCGGGCAAGCUGGUGCUGAUCGACAAGCUGCUGCCCAAGCUGAAGGCCGGAGGACACAGGGUCCUCGUCUUCUCCCAGAUGGUGCGCUGCCUGGACAUCUUGGAGGACUACCUCAUCCAGAAACGGUACCCGUACGAGCGUAUCGAUGGCCGCGUGAGGGGUAACCUCCGGCAGGCUGCGAUCGACCGCUUCUCUCGACCGGACUCCGACCGCUUUGUCUUCCUGCUGUGUACCCGGGCCGGGGGCCUGGGCAUCAACCUGACUGCUGCAGACACCUGCAUCAUCUUUGACUCGGAUUGGAACCCCCAGAAUGACUUACAGGCCCAAGCCAGAUGCCACAGGAUUGGCCAGAGCAAGGCGGUGAAGAUCUACAGACUCAUCACUAGGAACUCCUAUGAGAGGGAGAUGUUUGACAAGGCCAGUCUCAAGCUGGGCCUUGACAAGGCUGUGCUGCAAUCCAUGAGUGGGCGAGAGAACGCAGCCAACGGGGUGCAGCAGCUGUCUAAGAAGGAAGUGGAGGACCUCCUCCGCAAAGGAGCUUACGGAGCUCUGAUGGACGAGGAGGACGAGGGCUCGAAGUUUUGCGAGGAAGACAUUGACCAGAUCCUCCAGAGACGAACCCAGACCAUCACCAUUGAGUCCGAGGGCAAGGGGUCCACCUUCGCCAAGGCGAGCUUCGUGGCCGCUGGGAACAGGACGGACAUUUCCCUGGAGGACCCAGACUUCUGGCAGAAGUGGGCCAAGAAGGCAGAGCUUGACAUGGAUGCUAUCAAUGGACGGAACACCCUGGUGAUUGACACGCCGAGAGUACGGAAGCAGACACGCCACUACAGCUCAAUGAAGGAGGACGAGUUGGCGGAGUUCUCCGAGCUGGAGAGUGACGGCGAGAACGAGAAGCCCUUGACUAAACCCAGGCGGCCACAGGACCGAGCCCAAGGGUACCCCCGCAGCGAGUGCUUUAGGGUGGAGAAGAACCUACUGGUUUAUGGGUGGGGUCGCUGGGGAGACAUCCUGUCCCACGGGCGUUUCAAGCGGCCCCUGCGGGAGCAAGAUGUGGAGACCAUCUGCCGCGCCCUGCUGGCCUACUGCCUGCUGCACUACCGUGGCGACGAGAACAUCAAGAGCUUCAUCUGGGACCUCAUCACGCCCACCGAGGAUGGACAGAGCCGCACGCUCACUAACCAUUCCGGUCUGUCUACUCCAGUACCACGGGGUCGUAAGGGCAAGAAAGGGAAACCAGCCCCGCCUGCCCCUCCCCAGCUCCCCAGGGCAGAGUGGCUGGCCAGCUGUAACCCUGACCUGCUACUGCAGGAGGACAGCUACAAAAGACACCUUAAACACCACUGUAAUAAAGUUCUCCUGAGGGUCCGUAUGCUCUACUAUCUGCGACAGGAAGUCGUCGGUGACCAAGCCGACCGGAUCCUAGAGGGAACAGACUCAAGUGAAAUGGAUAUCUGGAUCCCUCAGCCUUUCCACGCCGAGGUCCCUGCCGAUUGGUGGGACAGCGAGUCGGACAAAUCGCUCCUCAUCGGAGUCUUCAAACACGGCUAUGAGAAGUAUAACUCGGUGCGCGCCGACCCUGCACUGUGUUUCUUGGAGCGGGUGGGCAUGCCUGACGCCAAGGCCAUCGCUGCAGAGCAGAGGGGGGCGGACAUGAUGGCAGAUGGUCCGGAGGGAGAGGAUGAGGACCCAGAGUACAAGCCUCUCCGCAUGCCCUUUAAAGAUGAGAUGGAUGACUUCACUAACUCUCCCCUUGAUGACAAAGAGGAAGCUAUGGAUGUUGAGAGUGGUGAAUCUAAACCAGGUGAGAAUGGAGCAGGCAGCAGAGGGGCGGGUCGUCUGUACUGGCCGGCAGCUUCGGCCCUCACCGCUAGACUCCGCCGCCUCAUCACUGCCUACCAGCGGACGCACAAACGUGAGCAGCUCCGCCAGGAGGCCAUGGCCCGGCCCGACGGCCGCCGCCGCCGGCGUCCCCGAGAACAGCUACUCUCCAUGGUCACAGAUGGUGGAGGGGCCUACGUGCAUGAGGGCGGAGCCUUCAUGGCAGAGGGCAGUCCUUAUAUGGCCAAGGGCGGAGCGUUCAUUCCCGAGGCUACGGCUCUCCUGGCGGAAGGAGGGGCCUUCUUCAAAGAGAGGCGUCAAAGGUGGACCAGGCGUGAGGAAGCUGACUUUUACCGCGUGGUGUCCACGUUUGGCGUGAUCUAUGACACGGCCCGUCAGCGCUUUGACUGGACCCAGUUCAGGGCCUUCGCCCGUCUGGACAAGAAGACUGACGAGAGCCUAGAGAAAUACUACUUCUCCUUCGUGGCUAUGUGCAAACGGGUGUGUCGCAUGCAGGUCAAGACCGACACAGAGCUCCCAGACCCCACCCUGAUCAUUGACCCCAUCACGGAGGAGCGGGCAUCACGCACCCUUUACCGCAUCGAGCUGCUGCGCCGCAUCCGCGAGCAGGUGUUGCCCCACCCCCUGCUGGGCGAGCGCUUGCGCCUCUGCCAGCCCAGCUCUGACCUGCCGGAGUGGUGGGACUGCGGCAGGCAUGACCGCGACCUCCUCCUGGGUGCCUCCAAGCAUGGCGUGAGCCGCACCGACUACCACAUCCUCAACGACCCCGCCUUGGGCUUCCUUGAGGCCCACAGGAAGUUCACCAAGGGGGGAUCGGCUGGGGCGCCUCAGCCGCCCCGCGAAGGAGCUCCCUCUACUGCCUCUGAGCAGGCUGUUGCUGAGAAACCCUCUCAUGUCAAAGAGGAGGAUGUGGAAGGCAAGGAGGUGAAAGAGGAAGGUGACAACGACCUUCCAUGUACUAAAGCUGAGAAACCAGACGAGCAGGAAGGCAAGGAAGACGAGAUGGAGGGAGAGAAGGAAGAGAAGGCUGCGUCUCCCAAGAAGGAGUUGAAGGACGAGAAAGCUAAGGAGGAGGGAGAUGACCUAAAAGACGAGGAAGACCAAGAACUGACGGAAGAGAAAAUGGAGGUCAACGGUGAUUCUGACGGAGAGUCUUCCAAGGAGGCCGGACCUGAGAAAGAAGACACUCCCAAUGAGGACGUCGGGGACCAGGACAAGAGUCCAGAAUUCCAGGAAAAAACGGAGUCUUCCAAAGCAUCGGAAGACCAGGAAAUCAAGAAGGAGAAAGAAGGGAGUCCAGCCAAGUCUCCCAAAUCUCCCAAUAGAGUGGCUGAGAAAGGCCUCGAAGAGGAGGAUGAGGAGAAGAUGGAGGAAGAUGACAAGUCUGAGAAGUCGUCUCAAGCUGAAGUUGGUGCCACCUCUGAGCAGAAGAACUUUGACGAGGAGAGCAAUGCCUCACUGAGCACCACGGCCAGAGACGAGACCCGCGAUGGGUUCUGCCCCGAGGAUGGAGAACCCUCAGCCAUCCAGAGAAACUUCUCCUUCUCUUUCUGGCCGAAGGAUCGCGUAAUGAUCAACCGCAUGGACAACAUCUGCGAGGCGGUCAUCAAGGGCAAGUGGCCGGCCAACCGUCGUCAGUUCUUCGACAUCCCAGGCCUGUUGCCUGGAUACCCUGGACCCGUGGUGUCAGAAAGCCCCCUGCAGAGGCGGGGCCUGGCCGAGCUGUCAAUGGUGGCGGCUGCUCAGACGAGCUUCAGCGGCAGCGAAGACCUCACCCUCUCGCCACAGGUUAACGAGGAUGCUCUGAGCAUGUCGUUGCCAAAGCAGCGUCGCCGCAGGCGGAGGAAGGUGGAGAUUGAGGCGGAGCGUGCCGCCAAACGAAGGAACCUGAUGGAUAUGGUGGCUCAGCUCAGAGAGUCUCACCAACCUGAGUCCCAGAGCCAGGCCAUGGACCUCACCAAGGGCAUGCAUCACCACAAGGCAGCGUCGUCCCUGGCGGGCUACUCCAGCAGCAGCAUGGUGCCUUCUGCUACCCUCAAGGCUCAGAUGGAGCUGCUACAGGCGGCCACGCCUUCCAGACAUAGGGCCAAUGGCUCAUUGGCCGAUGCUGACCUGCCCACCCGGAGGAGACGAGGCCGCAGGAAAAAUGUGGAGGGGCUAGAGCUGCUGUUUAUCAACAACAAAAGAGGAGCCACGGAGGAUUCCGAGGGGACCAAAGCGUCAGCGGAGGGGGUGCCGAUGCCCCCGCGUUCCUACCGCCACAACAUUCCCAGUCCCAGCGCCUCCGCCCGCGUCCCCUCUGUCAGCGCUAUGGAGGACGGGGACCCUGGUACCCCCUCUGACAAGGACCUGAGGGACUGGCUCAGACAGCACCCCACGUACACAAUGGACAUGCCUACUGCAUACACACCAAAGAGUGAGGAAUUGCUCCUCUCCUCCCAGUUCCCCAAACCCAAGCAGAAGCGGCACCGCUGCCGAAACCCCAACAAGAUCGACAUCAACACUCUCACCGGAGAAGAGAGGGUUCCCGUGGUCAACCGGAGAAACGGCAGAAAGAUGGGUGGAGCCAUGGCGCCACCCAUGAAGGAACUGCCCCGAUGGCUCCUGGAGAACCCAGAGUUUGCCAUCGCUCCUGACUGGACCGACAUUGUCAAGCAAUCGGGCUUCCUCCCUGAGGCCAUGUUCGACCGUCUCCUGACUGGGCCCGUGGUCGAGGAGGGCGUCCGUCGUCGGGGGAGACGCCCCAAAUCUGAGAUCGCCAAAGCGACGGCGGCUGCUGCGGCAGCUCAGGCCCAGGCUGCAUCAUCCGGGGGCCUAAACCCUCUGCUGAUGAAUGGCCUGUUUGGAGGCAUGGACCUCACCAGCCUGCAGGGCCUACAGAGCUUCCAGAGUCUUCAGCUGCAGCUCAUGGGCUUCCCCGGCAUGGGGGGGGCUGACUCUAAACACGCCUCAGCCAUGCUGCCUCUCAUGCUGCCUGGUAUGGCUGGUAUGGGCGGCCUGCCAAACAUGUUUGGCUUGGGAGGCCUGUUCGGAAAUAACCUGGCCGCCGCAGCUGCCUCGGCUGCUGCCACGCCCGCUACAGCCUCCAACGGCAACAAUGACGAGGGUGAUUCGGACGAGACAUCAAAGAGAGAUGACGGGGAGGGCGGAGAAGAGGGGGAUGAGGACAAGGAGAAGGACACUGGAUUGGAGGCAGAGUCGAGUGAGGCUAACAGGGACGCCACUGCUCUGAACGCAGCCGCUGCCGCAAUGGCAGCCUCCGGCAUGUCGGCCAGCUCCCUUGCCUUCAACCCCUUCCUGCUGUCCACCAUGGCCCCUGGGCUCUUUUCCCCCUACAUGUUCCUGCCCCCUGGCCUGGGAGGUCUCACUAUGCCUGGCUUUCCUCCCACCACCCUGGCUGACCUGCAGAGUGCCAUGGCUGGUGCCAUGGGGGCUGCUUCUGGAGCUCAGGGCCAGGAGAAGGAGCCCAGCCAGGCUGGCCCCGCCCCGGACCGCCCUGCCGCAUCUACCGCAGACCCAGAGACAGCCGACGACAGUGACUCAGCAGAGAGCCUGGAGAAGACGGCCGAGUCGUCUGCCCUAGAAGACGAGGCCUCCGCAUUGGCUGAGGAAGCUGACUCGCCGCAAGACCUAGUGGCUGAGGAUGAGGAGGAAGGAGAGGAUGCCCCUGAGAAGAGUGACUGAAACUAAACUGGCCUUUGACGACCCCCCCCCCCAGUGCUCUCAUGACACGUUUACACACCAACUUGAUAUCCAAAUUAGUUUUUGUUUUAUUUGUCUUUGUUUCUUUUACAGGUAAAAAUGAAAAUCAGGGAGAGUAUACGUAACUAAAAGGCUCUCACUGUAGCGUUAAUAGCGUAGUCAGGGAAAAAGCAAACUGAACUAGAGUUUUGCAGAUGUCAAAAGGGUGUUAUUUUUGGUCUUUGUGCUCUCUGAACAGUGCAUACUAGAUGAGAUGGAACAUUUCCUCCGAAAUAUUAUUAUAGGAAUGAAUCGUUCCAAUAGUGCUAUGCUGCUUUUCUGUUUCUGUAUUUUUUUUACUCUUGAUAUUGUGAAAUUAAGUAGCAUCUCGUAACUCUCCAUUGGCGUACAAUUAAACGGCAUUAAGCGUCUAUAUGCUGCUGAUGAAAAGGAUCUUGUUUUUUUUGCUGUUUUACUGUUCUGCCUUGAAGAGCAGGAUGAAGUCCUCACAUAUCAGAUGGCCUAAUAAUCUGACUGUUCCCAGUCUCUCACACUGAUGAUCUCCCACACAAGUCUACACACACCUGACUGUUUCUUCCUGUAAUCUUACACACUAACAAUCCAAUCUGACUCUUCCCCGUCUCAAUCGGACGGUCUUACCCUCACCCACCCCGUUACCCUUCUCAGUCAAAUUCUUUCCAGUUCCAGUUUUCUGCCGCCUAGUACUACUACUACUACUAACACCCAUAUUGUCUGACUCUUCCAAGUCACACUCGUUAUAGAAACUGUUUUCCAGUCUCACACACUGAUGGCCCUGACUCUCCUGACUGUUUUUAGUCUGACACACUGACAAAGCCAAGCAGGGGAGAGACCUCUCUUCCACAACGCGGACGGAGACAGCAAUAACCUAAGGCAGCUUUUGAAUGUCUCAAACAUCGCUCUCCCAUUAAAACACAACCACAAGUGUCGGUGAAAAAGAGAAACGAAAUCGCAUAUAAACGAUGACAUGAAAAAGUACUGCAAUCAAUUUGUCUCACACUAUCCCUGUUGAUGCACUGGUGUAAGAGUAAAAUAAUCAGGUACCUUUAUUAGAACUAUUGAAUGGGCUUUUUGUUACUUUUAGCCACCAAGCUGAAAUGCAUUACCUCAAUUCUAACUAGCCUUGAAGUUUACAGACAUAAGUUGUAAAUGUUUUCUUUUUUGUCAUUUUUUUUUCCUUUUUUUUUUUUUUUUUUUUACAUCAUGUAUGAUGAACUGUAGUUAUGAUGCUUUUAAUAAAAGUGAAUCAUGAUAUUCGCCUAGGAAACCAAACCCGGAGUGCUUGUUGACCAGUUUUUUUUUUUUUUUUUAAUUGGAUGUUAAAUGUACAUGUCUAUUUUGAGUGUUAAAUGACCUUGGUUGAUUCAUGGUGGUGAAGUUAUUACCCCCAGAAUAGGAAAAUAAAGGCUUUUUAAGUGCA